UGAAUCUUACUUGUGCCGAAUUCAGUCAAGCAGUUAGAAUUUAUAGCCUUUGCUUCUCUUCUUCUUUGACGCAGCGCGUUUACUGUCCACACAUGUUUUAUUCAUCUUGAUUUAAUUAAUUACAAGAUCAAAUUUACUCAUUUCUGUGAGCCUAGUCUGAACGUAAGCUUUCUCUCCUAGAGUCUCGCGGGAUUUCGACGUUUUAGAAACGCGAGAUCCCAAGCUUGUAGGCGACGGCAAAAAACGUAAGAUGGCAGCAAAGUCCUACCUGUGGAAAUUAAAGAUAUUAAAUCCUAUAAGUUUACUCCGUUGGAGGCACAAAUAGCCACGGUUAGACAAUAUCCGUAUUUUGGUUUUCUCAGAGCAACGAGUAGGCGUGUGUGCCUGCAUUUGUGUGCAGGGUGGCCACAGUGAUCUGGGAUAUUGCUCCCUCCGCCUCCCAGAGAGAGAGAGAGAGAGAAAGAGAGAGAGAGCAGCAACAUCCAGAGAGGAGUGGAGACGAGAGACAGAACAGAAGAGAGCUGUCAAGCUGCGAGGAGGCAGUGGAGAGACGACUUUGUUUUGUCUUGGAAUACAUUCUCCCUUUCCAUUUCUGAAGCCCACAUAUGAACAACAUAUAUAAAGAGAUAAACACAAGUGUGUGAGAGAGCUGCAGUUAUCCCCUUACAAGGAGGAGUUAAGUAUUUCCAGGAUCUGGACUAAUUCAAGCCGGUCUCACUUGGACUGUGGAGUGUUUGUAUUCAGCAUCUUAGUGACUUGGACUUGAACUGUGAUCGGACAUUUGCGACUAAGAGUGUGUAUUCUUGUGUGGGAUUCAGUACUUCAUCUGAAUGCAACGCUGAGCUUUUGACUGAAACUGUGUUGGCACUGGUCGGUUGAAUUCAGCAGAUUUGAACUAGAGGAGGAGGAUGUGUUGGUCGGUGACGGUCCUGCUGGCCCUCCUCGGGUCCACCUUGACAGGGGCGUGGAGAGCAUCUCAACCAAGACUACAGUUCACACACUCUGAGCUGAUCCAGAAUGGCCGCCUGCUGACGCUGCCUCUAGUGGCAGGAGACCUGCACUCCCUGUUGCUUGACGAAGAUGGCAGGCAUCUUUAUGUGGCCAUGAAAGAUAGCCUACUGUCUACCAGUUUGGAUGACAUAACGCAGAACCCACGCAAGCUGCACUGGCCAGCCAGUCCAGACCGUGUCCAAGAAUGUCUCAUGGCUGGGAAGGAUUCAGAGUUGGAGUGUGCCAACUUCCUGCGAGUUCUGCAGCCUUUCAAUCAGACUCACCUGUACGUUUGUGGCACUGGAGCCUUCAACCCCCGAUGCGCUUUCAUAGCUACCAGUGUCUUCCAACAGUCAGAGCACCAGACUCUGUCCUACAGCCAGACAGAGUGUGGAAAGGGGAAAUGUCCCUACGAUCCGUUCCAGAAAACAGCCUCCAUUGUGGUUGAUGGAGAGCUGUAUGCUGGGAUUACCUCAGACUUCAUGAGCCGGGACUCGGCCUUCUUCCGUAGUCUUGGCAGCCGUCAUGUCAUACGCACCGAGCAGUACGACUCCACCUGGCUCCAGGAUGCCCAAUUUGUGCGGGUAGCGCCGUUGUCUGAAACUGAUAACCCAGAAGAUGAUAAAGUCUACGUGUUCUUCACUGAGCGUGCUCAGGAGGCAGAGGGGGCCGCGGGGAAGGUGCUCUACUCCAGAGUGGCACGUGUGUGCAAGAAUGACAUUGGAGGCCAGAGAAGUUUGGUCAACAAGUGGAGUACUUUCCAGAAGGCUCGUUUGGUGUGUUCAGUCCCGGGACCAGAUGGCCUACAGACACACUUUGACCAGCUGCAGGACGUCUUUAUUCUCCAUGGGAAAGACAAGAAGAACCCUCUCAUCUACGGGCUGUUUACCACUUCAAGUGAUAUCCUGAAUGGCUCAGCAGUCUGCGUUUACAGAAUGGAGGAUGUGGUGCGGGCUUUCAAAGGAAACUUCCUACAUAAAGAGGGACCUCAGUAUAAGUGGGCAGAGUUUACAGGCAAGGUUCCCUAUCCACGGCCAGGAACUUGUCCCAGCAGCACCUAUGGAAGUUACAGCUCGACUAGAGAGUAUCCUGACGACGUCAUCUUCUUCAGCAGGACUCACCCGCUGCUGCAGGAGAAUGUGCUGCCACUGGGAGAGCGCCCCCUCCUGGUCAGAGUGGGUGCUCACUACAAGUUCAGCAAACUGCUGGUGGACAGAGUGGAGGCCGUGGACGGCACCUACGAUGUCCUUUUCAUCGGCACAGACUCGGGCCUUGUGCUGAAGGCGAUCCAUCUUCCCAGAGAACACAGUCAGAGUCAGGAGGUCACUCUGGAGCAGCUGCAGGUUUUUCAGCACAAAUCACCUGUGACAGCCAUGACACUCUCAAAGAAGAAGCAGUGGUUAUUUGUGGGCUCCAGGGAGGGUGUGUCCCAGCUGGGCCUGUACCAGUGUGAACUGUAUGGUCAGGCCUGCGCCGAGUGCUGCCUGGCCAGAGAUCCCUACUGCACCUGGGAUGGACAUGCAUGCAGUCCCUACAUGCCCACCGUACGCAGGAGGAAUGCUCGUCACUUAGGGGAGGACGAGGAUCCGCUAACUCAAUGUGUCAGACAGGGAGCCGGGCUGCAGGUGGAGGCGGAGCAAAGGGUGAUGAUGGUUGCCGAGGGCAACAGCACCUACCUGGAGUGUCUGCCACGAUCCAGACAUGCUGCUGUUACCUGGUACAAACAGGCUGGAGAGAACAGUGCUGAAUUAAACCAGGUGGUAACAGGUGACCAGCUGCUGGUGAUUGAGCGGGGCGUCCUGAUUCGUCAAGCUGAGCUGUCUCACAGCGGUGUCUACCACUGUCAAGUUGAGGAGCAUGGCUACCACUGGACCUCUGUGACCAUCCGCCUCACCGUCUGGAGCCCUUCGGCCAAUCGCCUCCUUGCGUCGUGGUCCAGCUCGUCCUAUCACAGUGCAGGAACUCAGCCCUGGUACGAGGAUGUGAUGGCGCUGAUUCACCCAGGAAACCUCGGCCAGCACUGCAGGGCGCUGGGAUACCGCCCCCCACGCAACCACCGCCGCCACGGAGACAUCAUGGUUGAGCCAAACAAAGAGAAAGAGAAGGGGGAGAGGCACAAGCAUGGUGGAGGAAAAGGAGGAGGAGGGGGAGGAAGAGCAGUGGGGAGGAAGAGCCGGAGCAAGCCACAACAGAGGGCACCAAGGAGCACUUGAAUGUGUCAUGGAAAAGGAGGGUGGAUUUUCAACGACUUAAACACACACACACACACACACACACACACACACACUUUAUGGAAAUGUUCACACUAAGACACACACACACACACACACACACACACUUAACUUAUACACUGAGGCACAGACAUAUACUGUAUGUAUAGAGACUAUGACAUACGCAUGCACUUAUCUACAAACAAAAAGGCAUCCUUUCAUCAUGGUGACAGACUAAUGUAAUAUGAAUAAUGAAAUAUGUACAGGAGGAUGUGAACAGCAGAGACUGUUACGCUUGGACAAAAGACUUGUGAAUAAAGAAGCUAAAGUAAAAUACCUUAGGUUGCAUAGCAUGUUGAAUGAAGGAUGAACGACAUGUCCAGAUCGCUCAGUUGAACUGAGUCUGUGUCGUGACAAGGACGUGGGAGGGGAUUCGGAGCUUUUACAGAGAAAAGAAAAUAGUCUCAUUCACAAAGUAUACAAAUAUUUGAAAAAUCGUCCAGCUCUGAAAUGAGUGCUGCCUUCAUGGACCAUACCGGUUUGCAUGUUUUUCCCCUUUAAUUACAAAUCACAUACAUGCUGCCAAUUAUUCUCCAAAGCAGAACAGAUGUUUUUAGAUUGAUUUCCUACCUUCCAGGCAGUAAAAUCAUACAUUUUGAAAAUCAUCUUACAGAAAACACAACAAAUACGUAAACAAUAUGUUGCCUUUUGUACAUGUUACUUUCAAAGUUUAUGGACAGUCCGUUCUUAGCCUUCAUGAUGUUGAGCUUCAACCACUCAAAAUCUUUUGAUUGUCGGAGAGUGAAAACGUGAAGACAGUUUCAGAUGUCGGAGCGUCCAUGAACACAUCAGCAGAGACUGCUCUUGUAACGGUUUGUGUUUUCAGCCGACAGCUAACCUAAAAAACAAAAAGGAAAGGCUUUUAAAUAUUCUCUGUGAUGUGUGUCAACCGGAAAACCUUUUUUUUUGGAAAAUUAUCAGCAGUAAUAGUCAAUUAAAAUGUUUUGAGAAGGCAGUUAUUAACUGCAGGUUGUAAAUAGCAGUAAAUAGCACUGAUGAGUUUUCUGCAUCUUAUUACCAAAAUGGAGGUAAAGCAACAGUUCACCUACAGUGAGAGUUUUGUUAGUUUAUUCGGAUAGGUGGGGUCUGACCUUGAGAUGGCUGACUACGACCACAAAGAUGAAAGGCAGAGAAAGCAGAGCGAUGGCUUUGAUGAGGUUACAGACUUACUUUCCCAGGAUGUUGCAGCUGCACAGACAAACUGCAGGAAAAGUUUCCAUUAUGUUCUCCUCAAGGUUCACAAUUGUUAGCUGUUAUGGUUGACAGACAUACCUGGCACUGAUUUCAUGCCACACAACAGGCAGCUUAGUAUGGGGGGAAGUGCUGGAUUUGGUGUGUUGGUGAGGAAAUGUUGGAUCCUGUGAGUGUAGGUGCAGUUUGCCUCGAGUCCCACAUGAAGAGAGUGUACAGAUUUAAGGAAAUAUAUAGAACACAUGUGCACAUCAACUCCAUUUUGCAGAUAAAUGCACCUAUUUUCAUUUCUGUUUGGUGUUUGGUGAAAAAAUGUAGCUGCUAUUAAAUGAGGCGCAAUCAAACUAAUAAAAAAAAUAAUCAAGAAAAAAUGUCCUCUUAAAAUUCAUAACUGAAUGGUUUUAAUGAGUUCAAGCUUUAUAAACAGGGUCAUUAUUACCAGACAUUUUUGGAAAAACAGAGAGGUAUUUGGUAUUGGUAAUAUUUAAAAUCAGUUUUACAUCCAGCAAGUAAAUGGUUUUCUGAAAUUGUUUUGGUUCUGUAUUGGAAAAAAAAAUGUUUUUACUGUAAAUGUGGUCACAAAGUUGAAUUUUGGAAUUUGCAUUUUUCAGUAGUGUUUGAUAUAACAUGGACAAAAACAUUCAAGGAGAAGACAAUAACCUGACCCGCUAAGAGACUCUGUACAGAACAUGCAUGUUUCUCAACCUAUGGCUCAGGACCCAACGUGGGCUGUGGGUGACUUUGGCUUCCAGCCCAACUACACAAGUGGAGUAAUAUAUUGCUGGUCCUGUAGUUCCAGCUGGUCAUGACGUGGCUGUAAAUUAUGAAGCAAGCCUAAUGUGUAAUAAAGAAGCCUUUAUUAUACAAAGUUGGAACGUGUGUAAUUGCUUAACAGGACCAGCAUUAAGUGGACUCUGGCCUGUGUGACUUCAGUGACUUUGCAAGGCAGUAAAUUGUGAUUUGUUCUUAAUGUGAAAAUGUUAAAGCAACACAGCUUGUUUCACCUCUGUUUAACUUUAUUGGUAGGGUAGUGGCAUUUAUUUGUUUUAUCCUGAGUGAAACAGCUUUUCAGAAGUUUUGAGGUCAGAUUUUUUUGGAAACUGUCUCACCAAACCUCACAGACACUUAAGUACCCUUAAAGUGUGUCUGUCGUUGUAUGCAUAUGCUGUGUGUUGUGCUCACGCAUUGAAAUGUGCACAGUUUUUCUGUUUCUGUUGAUGCACUUCCCCACUCCCACCUGUGGAAAUUCAGAACCUGCCUUGUCUACACUCAUACAUAUUUCUUUGACAAUCUGGCCCAUCUUGCAGGCAUAUAAGAGUAAGAACUGCUUCAGCUCAAGGCAGCAGGAAAUAAAGAUCUAUUUAAUAUUUCA